GCAGGGUGAUCCUCUUUCACCCUACCUUUUUACCAUUGCGAUGGAAGGGCUUUCUCUGUUAUUGAAUGAAUCUGCUACCAUUGGACGAUUGCCUUACCACCCGCAGUGCAGAAAAGUGAAGCUUACUCAUCUGAGUUUUGCUGAUGAUCUUCUUAUCUUUACUGAGGGGUCAAGGACUGUCAUCUCUAGGGUGCAGGAGACACUCUCUGAGUUCUAUUAUUUGUCCGACUUGAAAUGUAACCCUGCAAAAUGCGAGGUUUAUUUUGGGGGAUGUCUGUGCUGUUUAAGAGCAUGGCAAUCCAAGUUUCUGGUUUCCAGGAGGUAGAACUCCCAGUGAUGUAUUUGGGCUUGCCAUUGAUAUCUGGAAAGCUUUCUGCUUUGGAAUGUGAGAAAUUAGUAGCCAAAAUUACUCAAAAGAUAAAGUCUUUGAGGGCAAAGCGGCUCAGCUAUGCAGGUCGCCUUCAGUUAGUCUCUUCAGUGUUGAUGGGGGUCCUACAGUACUGGAUGCAAGUUUUUAUGCUCCUUAAAAAAGUGUCGAAGCAGGUACAGAAGAUAUGUUCGUGUUUUUUGUGGCAUGGAGAGGAGGAGGGAAGAGCUAGAAUCAGCUGGGAUAGAAUGGCGCAUCCUAAAAAAGAGGGUGGCUUGGGAAGGAAACAGGUAUAACAGCCGGAAUUACAAAAUUACCAAAUCUGUGUUUUUGGCGUCGAAUCAUUUCGUCGCUAAAAAGGUGGUAGCUAUUUCUAGCGACGAUGUAAUUUGUCACCCAAGACUAAAUUCGUCGCUGAAGAACUUAUUUACGACAAAUUGAUCGUCGCUAAAGCUAAUAGUGAGGCACCCUUGUGCGACGAUAAAAAUUGUUCGUCGCCAAAUCCAGCGUUUUAGCGACGAAAAUGUCAUCGCUGAAGCAUAACUUUUCAUCGACGAAUGAUGGUUUUUGGCGAUGAAUCGUAAAAUGUCGUCGCUAAAAGCUAGGGCGACGCGGUAUAGGCGACGGAAGAUGGAAGGAUUUGGCGACGAUUUGGUUGUCGCAGAAACAUUCAGCGACGGAUUUUGGAGUUUCAGCGACGAAUUUUUUCGUUUCUUAGGACGUCACUGUUAGUUAAAGUUUUUUUUUGUCACAUUGUUUGUAAAACCGUGUGAAAAUGAGUAAGAUUCGAGGUCUAAGAGAUAAUUUUAAUAUUCGAAUGAUAUUCAUGAACAAAGUAUGUUUAAGUGAAAUGACUCUACAACAAAGUUAUAACACAUAAUCGCGAGCGGGUUCGGUGUGGAUACUUAAAAUAUCAAAAUCGCACCCGCCACGAAACUCUAUUACCCUCCUUGUGGAAUUUGAGGAAAACCCACCAUAGAUAAUACUAGUUGAAUUUUCCCCGAUAAAAUCAGUUCAACUUUGGUUGAAUACCCAACGAUGAUGUAUUAUUAUGCCAUAUAAGCCUCCCGAAUUGCACUAUAUAAGUAAGUGAGAGUAUGGCCAUCCCAAUUGAAAUGCAUCACUCCCUCCAAAUAUCAAUCACCAUCUCAUGCUCCCAAAGUCAUCUUCCUCCACAUUCUUUGCCACUCCUGCCAUGACCAGCCACGAGUUCACCGACAACGAACCGCAAUCACCUCAUAACGUUGUUCACCCCUUGAAUCCCGAGGAAUUCCGGCGACAAGGCCACAUGGUAGUCGACUUCAUCGCCGACUACUACAACAACAUCGAACAUUACCCUGUUUUGAGCCAGGUCAAACCAGCUACCUCCGCCAUCUCCUCCCUCACUCGGCUCCUUUCGCCGCCGAACCAAUCGAAGAAAUCAUCAAAGACAUUGAAACCCACAUAAUCCCUGGAAUCACUCACUGGCAGCACCCUUCCCAUUUCGCCUACUUCCCCUGCACCGCCAGCACGGCCGGAAUCCUCGGGGAGCUCCUUGCCGCCGGGCUAAACGUCGAGAUAAAUGAUUUUCUUCAUUUAUUUAAUUCCUUCCCACUACUUUUUUGUUCCUAUACCCAUGGGACGUGCAUAGCAGUUUGUUGCUAAUGCUCCUAAUUUGUCUCCCCAUUCCUGUAUAAUAGUUCACUCUGUAUCAAUGAGAAGAUGAAUAACGAUUCAUAACAAUC